AGUCUCAGAGUAAUUCCACUCAAAGUUCAAGUUUUAACUCAGAGUUGGUUGAACCUCCUUAUUGAAACUGGCCCCAGGUAAAAACUGCUACAGACGGUAACAUGACAACGCUUCGUAAACAUAUGUCGCUUUCCCUUUAAAUAAUUUGAAACAAAGUCAUGGUGUGGCGCGGGGAUUAUGGGAAGUGUAGUGGAUAGUUUUCAGGGCAGCAAUCUCCUCUUCUCAGCGACGCAGAUGUGGAAGACUACAAUCCCAGUGGCGCCGGUGUUGCCGUCUUUGGAUCAGUUUCUGUCGACGUGGGAAAAGCGGUGCAAGAGCAAACAACACUCAGUCUAUGGGUGUAUGCGCCUGAGAUGAAACGAGUGUCAUGCAAGAAGACGCGUAUCUCUGAAAACAGAUUCCAGCAUGUGGCUCAAACCCGAAGAGGUGCUUCUCAAAAACGCGCUGAAAUUAUGGGUGACGGAGAAAUCCAACGAUUACUUCGUCCUGCAGCGCAGACGCGGAUAUGGAGAGGACGGCGGCGGAUUGACAGGCCUGCUGGUAGGAACGUUGGACACAGUUCUGGACUCCACAGCCAAAGUUGCACCGUUUCGCAUUAUACACCAGACGCCCGACUCUCAGGUGUACUGGAACAUUGCCUGUGGAGCAUCUUUAGAGGAGAUCUCACAGCACUGGGACUGGCUGCAGCAGAACGUCAUCAGAACUCUCUCUGUGUUUGAUUCUGGCGAAGAUAUCACCAGUUUUGUCCAGGGAAAGAUAAGGGGUCUGAUAGCAGAGGAGGGCAAAUCAGCCAGUGACGAGGAGGAUCCCGAACGCUACCGAGAGGCAGUGCUGCGCUUUGAACGUCUGUUUGGUUUGCCUCAGAGAGAGAAGCUUGUGACUUAUUUCUCUUGCAGCUACUGGAGAGGACGAGUGCCAAAUCAGGGCUGGAUCUACCUCAGCACCAACUUCCUGUGUUUCUACUCCUACAUGCUGGGAAAUGAGGUGAAACUGGUGUAUCCCUGGGAUGAGGUGAGCCGUCUGGAACGUACAUCGAGUGUGUUGUUGACAGAAAGCAUCCGUGUGUGUGUGCGUGGAGAGGAUCAUUUCUUCUCAAUGCUCCUGAGGCUCCAGCAGACAUACCUGAUCAUGCAGCAGUUGGCCGACUACGCCAUUGUGCGGUUCUUCGACAAAGAAACAUUUAAUGCUGAACAUCCACUGGCCAACCCCCUUCACAUCACACAGAGGGCUCUGGAAAUACAUGCACGGAAUCAGUCAUUUCGAGCAUUUUUCCGGUUGCCGCAGGAGGAGAACCUUUGUGAAGUGUAUGAGAGUUUCCUCUGGGUUCCAUUCAGCCUCGUCAAUACGCUUGGGAAAAUCUGUGUCUCUGAGAACUAUCUGUGCUUUGCAAGCCAGGAUGGUUCUCAGUGCCAUCUCAUAAUCCCUCUAUGGGAGGUGUUUAGUGUGGAGCUGCCAGACCGCAGUAGUCGUGCUCUUACUGUCUGUCUUCGGGGCAAAAGAGCUUUGCGCUUUUCUGAGGUUCGGGAUUUGGAGCGAUUUGCUGCCACCAUCCGCAGAAAGUGUGGGACAGAAGGAAGCCCCCAGCAUUUCAUUAGUAAUCCGGAUGAGGAGGGUGUUAUGGUGGGGCAAAGUCAAGCCGUCAGCACUGAAGCUCUUAUGAACGUCUUCCAUCCGCAUGAUGCAGAAAACCUUGAUCCCAAAAUGCUGAAGGAGCGAAUGAAGGAGCAGUCGUGGCAGAUCCAUUUUGCUGAAUAUGGCCGCCGAACUGGAAUGUUUUGCACCAAAAAAACACGUGACCUCAUUGUACGAGGAGUUCCUGAGACUCUCAGAGGAGAACUGUGGAUGCUCUUCUCAGGUGCAGUACAUGAAAUGACCUCUCAUCCCGGGUACUAUGGGCGGCUACUGGAGGAGUGUAUGGGCAGCAGCUCGCUUGCGUGUGAUGAGAUUGAGAGAGAUCUGCAUCGCUCCCUCCCAGAACACCCAGCAUUCCAGAGCGACACAGGAAUCUCAGCUCUUCGCCGUGUCUUGACUGCCUACGCUCAUCGCAACCCCAAAAUCGGCUACUGUCAGGCAAUGAAUAUCCUGACGUCUGUGUUGCUGCUGUAUGCUAAAGAGGAAGAGGCAUUCUGGCUGCUGGUCGCUGUGUGUGAACGAAUGCUACCAGACUACUUCAACCGCAGAAUUAUUGGAGCCCUGGUGGACCAGGCUGUGUUCGAAGAACUGAUCCGUGAGCGUCUAACCCAGCUGACCGAACACAUGACAGACUUGUCGUUCUUCUCGUCAGUGUCGUUGUCAUGGUUCCUGACUCUGUUCAUCAGUGUACUGCCAAUAGAGAGCGCUGUGAAUGUUGUCGACUGCUUCUUUUAUGAUGGAAUCAAAGCCAUCCUGCAACUUGGCCUUGCUGUCCUUGACUAUAAUAUGGACAAUCUGCUUUGUUGCCAUGACGACGCAGAAGCUGUCACAGUCCUCAACAGGUUUUUUGACAGUGUCACAAAUAAAGACAGUCCCUUGCCAGUUACCGUACAGCAGGCUUCUGCAACAGCCAAUGACAAAUCAGUACAAAAGGUUGACAUCAGCAACCUCAUCAAAGAAGCAUAUGAGAAAUAUGGAGACAUUCGAACAGAGGAGGUGGAAAACAUGCGGAAGAGGAACAAGCUUUAUGUCAUUCAGACCCUAGAAGACACAACCAAACAAAAUGUAUUGCGUGUUGUUGCUCAAGAUGUGAAGUUCAACGCUGUUCAGCUGGACGAGCUCUACAUGCUUUUUAAAAGGCAGCACUUCGUGAGCUGUUACUGGUCAGUGUGUAGUCCUGCCCUGCAGAACCAUGACCCCAGCCUGCCAUAUCUGGACCAGUACCAGCUAGAUCAGUCGCAGUUUAGUAGGCUGUUUAACCUCCUACAGUCAUGGAGCGCACGCACACACGCACGCUCACUUGCACGAUCAGCCUUCCGGAUUCUGGACGAGAAUGGAGACGGACUUGUGAACUUCAAAGAAUUCAUAUGUGGUCUGGAUAUUCUAAACAACAGAUCAUUCACAGAAAAACUAAAAUUUCUCUUCAAACUACACCUUCAACCAGGGACCCAGGAGUUUAAGAUUUUACCGUCAUCUAGAUUUUUUCCUCCGGUUGAAGAUCACUCUUUCUCCACUCGUCUUUCUGAUUCAGCAGAGGAUGGAGUGAUCAGAAAAUGUCCAGAGAGAGGUCGUGCAAAAGUAGAUCUGCAGGAAUAUCUGAAGCAGUGGCAGGAAGACUUGCAGCGGAGAGAGGAGAAUAUUAAAGAUCUGCCCAGAAUUAAUCAGGCGCAGUUUAUUGGUCUGACAAAGACCCUGUACGGAGUGUUCCACGGUGAUGAGGAGGAGGAGAGUCUGUACCGUGCUGUGGCGCGAGUGACCAGUCUUCUGUUGCGCAUGGAGGAGGUGGGGCGGAAGCUACAGGAGAGCAGCCCGCAAAAAACGCCCCAAAGUACACCCACCAGCACGGCUCAGCCAGAGACCUCCCCAACAUUACCCACCAGCCUUGAGACUGAAACCCUCACUAAGGAUGAAGGCGACCAACCUGAGUCUCCAGUCAGUCAACAAGAAACUGCCCUGUCCCACUCUGACAUUACCCCGACCUCAACCUCACGCCCUUCUACGCCCACCAGCAGUCCCACCGGAACCAGCAGCCCCAUGUUGGACACACCAACAGACACCACCCCCAGCUCACCCUCUACAGUCAGAGACGGGGACUGGAGUUUCUCCUUCGAGCAGAUUCUUGCGUCUCUCCUGAAUGAACCGUCUGUCGUUCACUUCUUUGAGCGGGCCGUUGACACGGAUUCUCUGAUUGCACAUGCACGUAAAAACCAGCUUAAAGAUGCACACUAACACACUAUAUCAGAGCAAAUACAGCAAAACACUGCCCUACAAGCCAUAAACCCUCUCCCUUCCUCUUUCUCUCUUUCUGUGCGACUUGUACAGGUCAGUGUUUGUGCAACACUUAUGUCUGUUACAGAUGAGGAAAUCCUUUUAUUUAUAUACAGACACACAUAUACAGGACAAGUACAAAUCAAAGGGUCAAAAAAAUGAUAAUAGAGGUAUACAUUUAUUCAGAUUGCAUAGUAUGAAGUAAAACGGGGUAUUUUGAUGUAAUAUAAAAGAUUAGUGUUAAUUGUUAUUUGUGUAACAUAAAUGAUUUGUGUGAGAUAUUGUGAUAAUAUAGACGAAGGUAUUGUGGGGUAAUGCAGAUGACUAAAUGAGGUGUUAUAAAUAAUAGUAUAAAUGGCACGUGUGUUUUGAGAUGACGGCAUUAAAAGCCUUUGCCUGCUUUAUCCAAUGAGUAACCUCAAAAAAUUCCUCCAGCUCAUACGAACAUGAACUACGUCUGUCAUUCCCAGCCUGACCUUACACACAUAAGCACAUGUAGGACCACAAAAGGAAGGAUGAAUAUUAGGCAAAUCAAAAUACUAUGCUGUUAAACUGCAAAUGGCUGGAAAAAAAUAUAUUACUUGAGAAUUCAUUCAACACAUAUGUCGCCUUACAUUACUUUCCUUGCUCAAAUGAGCUAUGAAAUGAAAACGUUUUUCUUUAAAGGCUUAAUCAGGAAUGCCCAAAAUGGUUAUGCUAAUCAGCAGGCAGAGUUUAGUCUACAUCAUAUCAUAUUCUCUGCAUUGAAGGUCUGUAUUAGAAUUAUAGUUAUGUAAUUGUGAUUCACUGAAUGUGUUUAUGUCUACAAACCGAAAUCUGUGGUUUAUGCCUUAUUAGUUUUGAUUUAGGACUUCAGUACGAAUAUCACAAGUGCUUCCAUUUAACGAAACCUAUUUCAUCUUUAAACAUUUAUCACAGUCAUUUUGAAGAUUAGUUUCCAAAUAUAUUUGAAUUUUGUCAUAAAACAAGAAGUAUAUUUUCUGCUGUUAUUUUACAGAUUUAAAAAAAAUCAUACAGAGCAUACAUAAAUGCUUUAGCAAGAAAACAUUUAGAACUAUUGCGCUGUAAAUUAUAUGCAAAGUGAAUAAGUAAUUUGUGUCAAGUAGUUCAAGUAGUCAAAGCUGUAAGAAAUCACUUCACCCGUCAUAAGAGAUGUUGUAUGAUGCUUUAAAUGGACCAAUGAAUAUGCAGAAUUUAGAAAUUUGUGUAAAUGUUGAGAGCUUGUGACGAAUGCACGAAAGGGAAGUUGGUAUUUUGUGGUUCUCCUGUUUGAAGUUGUGUCAGGUCUACACCAGCUAAACAGAGUUUUUCGUUCUGUGUGUACUAAAGUAAUUAUGUUCUUCUAAAGCUAAAAGGCAUCUCUGAGUAGGAAGCCAUAGUGCAUAUUUUACAUUUGAAUUUACUUAGAAUUUUCAAGGAAGUUGUUUUGGUUUUGCCUUUUUGCACACUAACCACCAAAGUCCAUAGAAAAAGUUCUUGGCAUCUUGCAGGAGUUGUAUUGAAAGUUAAAUUAUUAGUGUUUCAUGUCAGUGUCGCUUUCUUGCUGUUCUUGCUGAACAUUUAAUGUUUGCUUUAUGUAGGCUACUUCAGGGUAAUAGUGUGGUCAUUUAGAUUUUUAGUUAAGAUUUUUCAUUUAUUUAUUUAUUUAUUUAUUGUCUGAAAUAUUUAUAUUUGUUACAGUCUGUUUGUGCCUCAUAAACUGUCACAUUAUGCACAUUUAAUUAUAAAAUAAAAUGUAUGAAGAAAGAAA